GCCAUUUUGGCUCAAGCGGGGGCGGCGCGGGAGGCCGGGGGUGGGAUUCGCGGCGCCUCCCUGGCGGACGCAGGUGGGCCCCGCGAUGUCCCAUCGGCAGCGCCUCGACGAGGAGGACCCGCCGGGCGCCCUGCUGCUAGAAGGCGGCAAGGCGUCUGGGCUCCUGGACCGCCCAGUGGCGGCGCCGCGGAGCAGGGCCGCCCAGGACGUGGCCUACGUCGCCGGCCUCGCCGUCUGCUACAUGGCGAUCUCGUCGGGGCUGAUAGCGUUCAACAAGUACCUGAUGCACGACGGCAGGUUCCCUUACGCGAUCACCAUCGGGCUGCUGCACAUGUCCUCCUGCUUCACCUUCAACCUCGUACUGUUUCUGGUCUGCCCGUCGCUGUACCCCUCGCUGACGGACUCCAGGCAGAGGGUCGAUAUCAGCGGGGAGCUUGUCCUCAGGAUAAUACUGCCUAUCGCGGGCUGCUUCGCGGCCCAGCUAGUCCUCAGCAACGCUGCGUACCUCUACUCCUCGGUCGCGUUCCUGCAGAUGGUGAAGCAAUCCAACGUGGUGCUCGUGUACCUCUUCUCCCUGGCCCUGUCGCUGGAGCAGUUCUGCUGGAGGCGUUCCGGCGUCCUGCUGUUCAUCGUGGGGGCCACGGCGCUCACCGUCCACGGGGAGAUUCACUUCUCGUGGUCUGGUCUCACAGCUCAGGGGGCCAGCAUGCUCUGCGAGGGCCUCAAGCUCGCGCUCCAGAGCUACUCGCUCUCGUCCGCUGGCAAGAGACUGGACGCCCUCGCGUACGUCCUGCUGGUGUCGCCCAUGGUCCUGUCAGUGCUUGGCGUCGUGGUCCUCGGGCUGCAGGUGGCGUGGCCCAGCUGCCCCAAGGCCCUGCAGCUGCCGCCUUGGCACGUCGUGGUGCAGUACAGGUGGCUGCUGAUCGGCAACGGCAUGCUGGCCUUUGCGAUGAACGUCUCCCACGCCCUCUUCAUCAAGAGCAGCUCGGCCAUCACGUUCAUCCUGACUGGAGUCGUCAUGAAGGACGUAGUCAUCGUCUCGGUCGCCUCCGUCGCCCUGGGUGAGCUGCUGAGCGGCGCCCAGGUUCUGGGCUUCGGCAUGCAGCUCUUCGGCAUCUUCCUGUGGUCGAUGAUGAAGGCCGCGCCUCAGCCGGCCUCGCUGUCGGCAGCGUCCAGGAAGGUUUCGGUACAGCGGGAGGCCCUCGAGAGCGAGGGCAGCGGCAACGGCUCCAGCUGGAGGAGCGACGGCGGCGGCGAGAGUUUGUCCAAGGCCAGCAGCGAGAGCACCAUGGCGCCGCCGGACGACGACGAGAGCCAGUUGUCCGCGCGCGGGGCGUGACGUCGGCGGCCGCUUUGGGCACCUUGGGCGCCCGCGGCCGCCCGGCCGCAGGCCUUUCCUCUGGCGGCGGGCCUCCCGGUCUCCUCCUCCUCCCGAGGAGUGUGGAUUGGACCCCGCCGCCGGCCGGCGCGGCGGAGACCCCGCCUCCCGCCGGAGUAGUUCUCUUGCACGCCCGCGGCGCACGCCGCCCCCCCGCGGAAGAGGGCCCUCUCCAUCGCCCCUCGGCCGAGGGCGGCGGCCCUUUCACCCUCCGCGGGCUCGCCAUCUUGUGGCCCUGCGCCCUCCUCUUGGACACCGCUGGCCCCCUCGCGCCGGUGCCGUGCCUGGCACCUCUCUUCCAACCGGGGCGCGAGCCCCCCUCGGGCGGUCCGCCGCGCGCCGCCAGUCUGGCCGUGCACCAGGAUCUCGCCGCGCGGGAGGACCUGCCGCACGCUUCGCCAGCGCCACGUUCUGUACAGUGCUCCCCUUUGCUCUCGACGCCUGUGUGCCGCUCCUCCUCCUCCGAAGUCCCCCCCCCUUCGCCCUCUCUUGAUGCAUUCCCAGCUGGCGAAGUUUUUUUGUGCACACGCCAUGCAGUUGCGCGCGCCCUGCCAGGAGCGCCCACCGCCUUGAGGGUGGUGUUUGGAGGAUAGAA